CCUCCAUGCACGCACGCCAGUCAGUUCAGUUUGUUGUUGUCAGUUGAGCCAGAAGUGCAUACAGCUUUGUCUUUUAUUUUAAUUAGUUAAAUAGUGAAAGAUGUUAGCGAUGAUAACUGCCGACUGGUUUCCCUUCGGUCGGGACGUAUAUUUCAGGAAGUUUGAACUCUAUCCGUUGUCCUUCCAACACGAAGUUUCGAACAACAAUUUAUUGGUAGCAGCUCCUUACGGUGGCUCUAUCGCCGUUACUAGAAAUCCUAACAAGUUGGUCAAAGUUCAGGGAUCGAACAAACCUGUGAUAUAUUUGUACACUUCUUCCGGGAAACUGACGGCCAAGCUGCAAUGGAGCGGUGGGCAAUUAGUUGCCCUUGGCUGGUCUCAGCAGGAGGAACUACUGUGCGUACAGGACGACGGCAUGAUUCAUAUAUAUGAUAUGUUCGGUACAUACCAGCAUGCAUUUACCAUGGGAAAUAAGGUGAAAAACACUAAAGUCGUGGAGGCAAAGUUUUUUCAAAGUUACAACGGGACUGGCAUCGCGGUUUUAACUUCCACUAAUCAUAUAUUCUUGGUAAACAAUGUAGCUGAACCGAAAGUGAGACAAAUAUCAGAAAUUCCCAGAUUCGGCGGGCCUAUCGAGUGUUGGUGUCUAGUCAAUUGCGACAGAGAAACUCGCGUGAUAUUAUCUACUGUAGACGGAAUAUUCGUCAUUCCACAGUCUUCGCAGAAUGCGACUCAAGUACAAUACGAUAAUCUUUUUAGCAGGCAUAAUAAAGUGUACACCGUGACCGCUAUGGCUGUAUCUGGAAACAAUCGUCAUAUCGCUCUUUACACGGACACUGGCCAUCUGUACAUGGGUACCAUAGAUUUUAAGGAAAAGUAUUGUGAACACUAUACAAGCAUGAAAGAGCCGGUGGGAGAUAUGGCGUGGUGCGGGACAGAAGCUGUGAUAUGCACGUGGAACAGUACCGUGAUGGUGAUCGGACGAUCAGCCGAAACUAUAACGUACGCUUACGAUGGCCCUAUACGUCUGGUCACGGAGAUCGACGGCGUGCGCGUGCUGUCCGAGACUUCGCACGAAAUGAUACAAAAGGUACCGAACGUCGUUCAAAAGAUAUUCCGAAUCAAUUCGAUGGACCCUGCGUCCUAUCUGCUGGAAGCCUCGAAGCAGUUUCAAAAGAGGAGUCACAAAGCCGAUACGUACAUGGACAUGGUGAGAGACAACUUGGACACGGCGAUAAGGACUUGUAUCGACGGGGCUAGCCACGAAUUCGGCUACGAAACGCAAAAACUAUUAAUGAGGGCCGCGAAAUUUGGGAAAGGAUUCAGUAAAACUGUCAACCCCGACUAUUACGUAAAUAUGUGUCGAACGUUGAGAGUUUUAAACGCGGUGAGACACCCUGCGAUCGGGAUACCUCUCACGUACACACAAUUCACCGUUCUCACGAGUCAGGUAUUGUUGGACAGGCUAGUCGCGAGACGACACUAUUACUUGAGCAUACAUAUCGCGCGGCACCUUCAGCUACCGGAGAUCGAAGGAGAAAGUCGAAUAUUAGCUCAUUGGGCUUGCUACAAAGUGAAACAGACGCAGCUGGACAAGAGACAAAUAGCCGAGGAGAUAGCCGAUAAAUUGGGUUACGCGCCUGGUGUUUCUUACAGCGAGAUCGCGAAGAGGGCAGCCGAUUGCGGUCGAAAACAGUUGGCUAUCAAGCUGAUAGAUUACGAACCCCGCGCGCAUCAACAAGUACCACUGUUAUUGACGCUCGGCGAGGAAAGAGCAGCUCUACGUAAAGCCGUUGAAAGCGGAAACACAGAUUUAGUUUACACGGUAAUACUGCACCUCAGGGAAAAUAUGCCACUCGGCGAUUUUCAGAUGUCCAUAAUGCACUGCCCUUUGGCAAUGGCCCUGUACGUGAAAUAUUGUCAGAAUCAUAAUCGGGAAACGCUGCGCGACAUUUAUAAUCAGUACGACGAUUUUCAUUCUCAAGCGAUAUGGUUCAUUACCGAGAGUUACCAAAGGAAGAACACGAUGUCGAGGGAGGCGUUAUUACAAUCGGCAAUGGAGAAUUUUAAAUUGGCACGCAGCGAUACUAAUGCGAGUUUGACAGAUGAACAGAUCAAACUGUUGCGAUACCAAAGAUCCCUGCAGGACACGGUACGCGAACCAGUAGUUGGAAAACCACUUCACGACACUGUGAAGUUGUUACUGUUGAACAACAUGUUGAAGCUGGCUGACAAAUUGAAAUCGGAAUACCGUAUACCGGAUCGAAGGUAUUGGUGGUUACGAAUCCAGUGUCUGGCCGAACAGGGUAUGUGGAGCGAUUUGGAGAAAUUAUCCAAGAGCAAAAGAUCUCCCGUCGGCUACGAGCCGUUUAUAGAUCAGUGUUUGAAGUAUAACGAAGAAAGGGAAGCGAAGAAAUACUUACCCAGAGUGAGGGACGAAUUAAAAGUGAAAUACUUGGUCAGACUGAAAAUGUUGAACGAAGCUACUCAAGUCGCCAUCGAACAGAAGGAUGUCACCGCAUUGUCUUUCUUAUUGGCGCAAUGCGAACCAACUACGGACAGACAGUUGAUCGAUAAAAUUAAUAUGCACAUAUCGAGCUUGAAGAAUUAGAAUCGAGUCAAAAGCCGAUCAGACGAUCAGAUAUCCUCGAGUUCAACGGAACCGCGAAACGCUGGUUCGAAGCGGUACACGAUUUUUCCAACAUGCUUACCCGGUUCGACUUACAUUCGACGUGUAAAUAAUGGAUGACUACGGUGGGUAUAGUCGGGGUGCAUCAUCGAUCAACACCGAAGAAACAGCCUGGUUGUUCGAUAUUUAUUUUAUAAUAUAUUUUACUCGUUUAAAUGCA